UUCUUGCGACAUGGGGCCAAACAUUAUCAUGCUGAAAGAUAAGGUGAAUGCGGCGGAUGAAUGGCAUGAAAAUGGGCUUCAGGAUCUCGUCACGGUAUCUCUGCAUUCAAAUUGCCAUCAAUAAAAAGUAAUUGGGUUCGUUGUCUGUAUAUUAUGCCUGCCCAUACCAUAACCCCAUUGCCACAAUGUGGCACUGUUCACAACGUUGGCAUCAGCAAACUGCAGUCAGGUCAAGACCCCGUUGAGGACUACGAGCACAGAGGUGAGCUUCCCUGAGACCAUUUCUGACAGUUAAUGCAGAAAUUCUUCAAUUGUGAAAACACACAGUUUCAUCAGCUGUCCUGGUGACUGGUCUCAGAUCAACCCGCAGGUGAAGAAGCCCGAUGUGGAGGUCCUGGGCUGGCAUGGUUACAUGUGGUCUGCCCUUGUGAGGCCGGUUGGACGUAUGGCGAAAUUCUCUAAAAUGACAACAUAGGCGGCUUAUGUUAGGGACAUGAACAUUCCCAGGCAACAAACAGCUCUGGUGGACAUCCCUGCAGUCAGCAUGCCAAUUGCAUGCUCCUCAACUUGAGACAUCUGUGGUGUUGUGUGACAAAACAGCACAUUUUAGAGUGGCCUUUUAUUGUCCCCUGCAAAAGUACACCUCUGUAACGAUUAUGCUGUUUAAACAGCUUCUUUAAUAUGCCACACCUGUCAGGUGGAUGGAUUGUCUUUGCAAAGUGGAAAUGUUCACUAACAGGGAUUUAAACACAUUUGUACACAAAUGUGCGUAACAUUUCUUAGAUCUUUUAUUUCUGCUCAUGAAACUUGGGACCAACACUUUACAUUUAUAUUUUUGUUCAGUAUACUUUAUUUUGUCAGACAGGGAUUUCUUCAGAUUGUAAAGUACUUUGAUAAAAUGUGUAUACUAAUUGAAUUGUACUGCAGUGGAUUGUAAACUAUUUGGGCAAUAUCUUCUCAUUUUGGCAUUUAUACAUGUAUACAUGAAAGCGCAACAAUUUUCUGUAUUGUAUGUAGCUCACUCAAUGCUGUUAGAGGUGUCCCAUAUCACAACUUUUUCUGAGUGGUUUCAUUCAUUUGAUCAACUAUACUUUGCACUUAAACCUUGCACAAAGUACUUGUCUUUUUUUUUUGUCUCAUGACACUUUUUGUAUCUCUUGGUAAAGAUUUGAUACCUCACAAUCAUGUCACAAUUUGAAAGUGAGCAUAAUAAAUGAAUAUUUCUGGACUUUUUUGUUUAGCUUUUUCGUCUGGUCUCCAUACAUGCAUAUUUUGGUCUCGUUUUAUGCAUAUUGUGCAACAGCUUGUGAGUAAGUUCGUUAUUUUUCCCUCAGCAGAGCUUGAAACGGCUCCCUGCUUUUAUACCCACCCUUCGCGCUCUCAGGCUCUGCAUCACUUCAUAAAAUCUGAUGUCACCUAGGAGGUUCCCUCAAACUCAUGAAGAGUAAAUCGAAUCUACUACUUUUGGGUUGCAAACAACGACCAAUUUGUUUUUGCUAAUUACUUUUGUUGAGAAAAUGUAGCACAGGAGGAUUCAUUGAUGAAAGUAUUUUAAAUCACACGACGACUUCGAAAUGUCGAUGGAGGUGGACUAAAGAAAACGCACGAAAACUUGAGUAUUAACGGAUGGUGUCCGAUCUCAGGAUGCAGUGGUUUUGGAUAUUAUACCCCAAUUUACUUAUUUGGUUUCACCACUGUACAUCAGAUACAGCUUUGACGUUGGAGAGCAGGACCCUGUUCACAUACGACGAGUCCUACUACGAGUACGUACCUGACAGGCUACCGUGGAAUGGGGCCGGACGCCUCUGUAGCCAGCGCUCGGGGGCCUUAGCCACAGUAUCCAACACCUUCGAGAACCGAGAGCUCACCACCUUCUUAAAGUCCCUGAACAUAACCCACCCCGUGUGGAUUGGCAGGAAAGUCAUGACACACUUAAAGAGUUCCACCGAGACCCUUAUCCUGGAGUUUGACGGGAGAUCCGACGUGAAGAACGCGCGCCUCCUGCACAAGUUCCCCGCCAUGUGCGAAGUGACCGUUUGCACCCGUGUCCGCUUCGAUCCGGCCUGCUACGGAUUUUCCACUGUCUUCUCUUAUUCCAUCCAGUCAUUCAUUAAUGAGUUCCAGCUCCGCGCCAGGCUGAUCCAGGGCCAGCCCGUCCAGCUGGCUCUGUUGGUCCAUGGCAUGCACGGGCCCUACCAGGAGGCCUUCCACCAUGAUGGCUCCUGGCACUCACUGUGCGUGAGCUGGUCGCGCCACGGUGGACGCUGGGCCCUGUUUGCCAACGGCCGCCCGGUCAACCGGGGCGACAGCCUGUACAGCGCAGGUGACGUGGGCCCUGAUGGCCACUUCAUCCUGGGCCAGGAGCAGGACUCGUUCGGGGGCUCGUUCAAGAGUGCAGAGUCCUUCUCGGGUAGUCUCACGCAGCUGCACAUUUGGGAGCGGAUGUUGAACGACAGCGAAAUCCACACCAUGGAAAAAGAGUGCUCUCCCGCCUCAUCUGGGCUGGUAUUCAAGUGGAGCGCCACAGUCCUGGAAGUGGAGUCCUCCCUGAAGAGGCUCUGGGGAGACUCGCCGUGCCAAGCUAACAGCAGUGAUUUGGCUGACGAGUUCCUGUACUCCCUGUUGGAUUCAGAUGUGGUGCCAUAUCACAACUUAUCUGAGGUGGUGGAUGCACCUCAGGCUGGAGAGUGUGUCACCUUUGACCCCUUGAGUGGAGGCUGGGGCUUAGACGUUUGUGUCAGUCAGAGAGGUGCCAUCUGCCAGUUUGAGAAAGAGGUGUUGGACAUCUUCGGCUUUCCCAAGACAGCAUUUUUCAUUAAGGUGAUUGAGGACAUGAGCAUGAACGCGUCGUCUGAGAAAGACUUGGUGUCGCUGAGCGGACUGACUACCGUGCUGGUCAGGGUCCUGGAGGCCAGUCCGGACAUCCUCACGUCCACUGAUGUCCUCUACCUCACCGAGCUGAUGAAAUUGGAGGCCACCACCACCACCCAGGAGGUCAACCAUGCCCAGGGGGGCCUAGACUCUGCCGAGGCCAUGGUGUCCAUUGCCACCAACUACCUGAAACUGGCCAGUCUCAUCCUGGACUCUAAGAGGGCCACCCGGUGGCUAGGUCGGCCGGAGGACGUUACUGUGGGACCAUUCACUGUGGUGGAGAGCAUUGAUAAACUGACUGGAGCUUUAGCAGAUGUGCUAUCUGCCGAGUGGAAAAGCUUCACACUCUCCACGGAAAACAUAGAUGUGCACGUGGAGGCACGGACGCUGUCCCAGAUGAGCUGCAGCUGUGUGUUUAAACCAUCAGUGUUUGGCGGCCACAGUAGAGGUAGUGGCCAGGACGAGCUGCUCAUCCCCGACACGGAGGUCCAGAGACUACAUGACUUGGGUCACAAGGAAGUGAUGUUCAUCCAUACGUACUACAGCCAUCUCAUGGAAAUCCAGUCUAGGAUGGAGCAGGACACUUCUCCAGAAGACCAGAGUGAAAACACAGGUGUCCUCCCUGGUCGCUUGGCCACUGCAGUCAUCUCAGCCACGGUUCGAGACCCCUCCAAGGCCCAGAACAUCCCAGUGGCCAUCCACUAUACUUUGUCCUCCUCGCACGUGGUGGAGUAUUCGCAGCGAGUCAUGCCUGUUUGCGUGUUUUGGAAUUUCACCCUAAUGACUGGGAAUUCUAACGGCUGGUCCAGCGAAGGUUGCAGAGUGACUCACACGAGCUCUGAUGUCACUUCCUGCUAUUGUAACCACACCACCAACUUCGCUGUCCUGAUGAAUUACAUGGAGUCCAAGUGGACUCAGGAGGAGGAGGAUAUUUUGACGAAGCUGACGUUUAUCGGCUCUGGGGCCUCUCUGUGCGCGCUGGUGUUGACCUUGAUGCUGUUCACCGUGCUGGACAUUCCCAAAUCGGACAGGACGUCUAUCCACAAGAACCUGUUCAUUGCGCUAACCUGUGCCCAGAUAGUCCUUCUCUGCGGUGGCUCAGCUGUCAACAACAAGGUGGCCUGCACCCUGGUGGCGGCCCUGCUGCACCUUUUCUUCAUGGCUGCCUUCAGCUGGAUGCUGGUGGAAGGACUGCUGCUCUGGAGCAAAGUGGUGGCGGUCAACCUGAGCGAGGACCAACACAUGAAGUACUACUACCUCAUUGGCUGGGGUCUGCCAGUGCUGAUAGUCACCAUCACCCUGGCCUCUGCCUCAGGGAAGUACUCUGCUGAUGGCCACUGUUGGCUCAGUGUGCAGAACGGGGUCAUCUGGGGCUUCGCAGGCCCUGUCAUUUUCAUAAUUAUGGUGAACAUCAUGGUUCUGAUGCGGGUGGUGGUCAUCACCAUCUCCACAGCCAAGAGGAGGUCCAUCAUGCUGGCAAUGGAUAGCAGUCCUGUGGAGCAGGCCUACGAGCAGAUCAGGGCUGCAGUGAAAGCGGUGCUGGUGCUACUGCCAAUCCUGGGCCUGACCUGGCUCUGUGGCGUCCUGGUGCCCUUCUCCAUAGUCAUGGCCUACAUCUUCAUCUUUCUCAACUCACUGCAGGGCCUGUUCAUCUUCCUGAUAUAUGGGGUGUACAACACAGAGGUUCGGAGCACAGUUAAAAGGAUCAAGGAGAGAAGAAAAGCGCUACGUUUUUCAAACUGUGCCAGCUCCAGACCCUCCAGCUCAUUGACCAGCUCCCGGCCCGCCAGCUCCCCCACGCCCUCCCCCCAGGGCCCCCAAGGUCCCAGCCUGGACGAAGGGGGGGAUAAGACCUGCUCCGGCCAGCCCAGCCCACUCCCCAACCUUACCUACCCCCACACCCCAGGCCCUGUGGAGGAGAACGCCAACAGAGGUCAGCUGUCCAUUCCUUGUGUCCCAAAGAGCCUAAAGGAUUCCCACAGUCAUGCUACAGGUGCCUUGAUCCCCAGAAUACAGGAGAGGAAGAGUGGAAGAGCAUUACGGUGCGAGACGGUCAUGUCAUCCAACAUCUGAGAAACCUGGGGCUCAGUGAUACUUAUGCACACACACACACUCAAGUACAUAUCGUAUACAUAUACGCACGCACGCACGCUCGCUCGCACAGACACAAACACUUAUAAUUGAGAGACCUACGUCCCGUUUUCUUGCAGUUGCCUAAUAGGAAUGGAGAUUUUUUUUAGAUGUUUUAUUGCGUCACUACAGUUGGAUUCAGAUGUUUUAUUGCAAAUUAAAAAGCUGAAAGAGUUACCUCUACCUUUUCUGUGAAUGAGCAGUGUUUGCUUUUUGGAUUUGGGUGUGGCACUCUAGUGAGUAAGGCUUCAGUGAAUGGGUGUUGGUCAGGCAGAUAGUAUGACAGACAGGAAAGGAUCAUCCCGGGGUCACCACAACAAUUAUCACUUAGUGUCCACAAGGUAGAGAGGGUCACAGUGCCUUCAGAAAGUAUUCACACCUAUUGACUUUUUCAAGAUGUUGUUGUGUUACAGCCUGAAUUUAAAAUGGAUUAAAUUGAGAUUGUUUUUUGUCAUUGGC